UUCUGCCUCACAGGCAAUACACAUUUGCAACACACACGCGCAUAAAUGAUAUUCACUGCACUGGUGGUGAAACGCUUUUAUUUCACGUUCCACCGGCAUAUAAAACGUGGAUGAAGUUCAAUAGCGUUUAGAGGUUGAAAUGAAUAUCGAAUAUCUGGGCUUUCAUCACAUUCACACGGUCACCCAAGAGGCAUGACACCCGUCUGGACCCCGAAAGAAAGCAAACAGCAGAAUCCCGCGGACAAAUGAAACAUUGUAGCAUCCAGAGCAUGACGUGUUAGUUCGAAAAAUGACGUAUUGGCUUCCAACACAUUUGCAGUCGAUACAUUGACGCCGCUUGACCUGCAAUAUGCUAUUAGACAUCGGAAAACUAGAUUGGUUUGCUAACAACCUUUGAGGCGAUAUGUUGACCAUUAAGCUAUUAUAUCUUUUUUUUUUUUUUAAAGAUCUGUCUCCAUCCAUCGUAGCGAAAGCGGCACGUCUCUGACACACCCUCCGAAAGUGAAUUCGUGCAUUGUGUGCAUCAGCCCUAAACAACGCAAACAUCGUCCAAAUACAAGCGCUCAGCAUUCAUAUUCAAGGAAGAUAUCACGCCUCGCUGCGCCCUCGUAAGCGUUUUGAUGAGGAUCCUCUGUAACGCUACAUAUGCAGUGCUCGCGUUUCAGUCACAUCCACACUGAUUCAGACAAUACAUGAAAGGAGAAGGAUGUAGUCCUGUGCAUGACACGAAGGGCAAUGGAAGAUCCCAAAUCCAUUCAGAGGAGGUUUGAAGCGGCUGUUAAAGUCAUCCGAAAUUUACCUGAAGAUGGCUCCUAUGACCUGUCCGAUGAUAUGCUGGUUAUAUUCUACAGUUACUACAAACAAGCUACAGCAGGACCAUGUAACACCCCAAAACCAAACUUUUGGGAUCCUAUUGGUAAAGCUAAAUGGGAGGCAUGGAAAACCUUGGGAAACAUGUCAAAGGAACAAGCCAUGAUGGAAUAUGUUCAGGAAAUACAGCUGAUAAUUGAAACCCUUCCGGUCACAGACAGGAUGGCAGAAUUAAUGGACGCUCUUGACCCAUUUUAUGAGAUGGCGGAUGAUGAUGAUGAUGACGAUGAAGAUGAAGCCGUCAGUAAAACAGCACCCUUUUCCACAGGAAACACUUACGCCGAAAAAACUGAUGAUGAUGCUGCUGAGAAAGUUGAAGAGGGGGAAGGUGAAAUUAAUGGGGAAAGUAAGGAAGAUGACAUGGAGAUGGAGGAGAGGAGGAAAGACUCGAGCACAUUUGCAGCAGGGAGAGGAGGUUUAUCGCUGUUUAAUGGAAGUGAGGAGAACAGCACGUCCUCCUCAGCCGAUGACGCUCAUAGUUCUCUGAACACGGAGGAGGAAGAGGAGGAAUUGGCUCAUGAUGACUCAGACGAUGAGAUGUACGGUGACUCAAUGGAAAAUCCAGCAACACAAGAGAAGGGUUCGGGAGUUCCCAGGGUCCAUUUGGCAGAUGUGAGCGUGGCUGGGGCCCACAUGCACCAAGAGGGAAACAGAGAGCCUCGGUGUGGGAGUCAGGAUGGAAAGCCGCAGGGAGCUACACCCCCCGUCCCCCACCCACCGACACUUGGACCGGUCCGAAUUGACAGAAUCUCAGCUGGCAGUGGAAGAGGCCAUCAGUUAACAGGAACUAACCUACCAGAUGAACAUGAUAACUUAUCAGAGCACAGUUGCCAAGGAAAUGGUCAGUGCUGGGAGACGGAAGAGAGGGCAGACAAACAGGCGUUUAACCCACAGAUCGCUGUGAUAUUGUCACAGUUACAGGACAAUAUGCAGGAUGUGCUGCACAGACUGACCACACUGGAGCUUCUCACAGCAUCACAAGCUGAAAUCCUUCCCCUCAAAGCUCGGCACUCUAAGUCACCAAAAAAGAGGUUGCCCUGGUGGCCUUUAAACUUGUCCCCUAUCACUGUAGCGCUAACAGUUAUCUGGCCCUUCGCUGUGCACUGGCUGGUGCAGUUUUACUUGCAGAAAAGGAAGAGAUGGUUAAGAGUGAAGUGAAGAUUCAGGUACAACUUUGCAGCUCCUGAAGACUUUCAAGUGGUCUGGACGUAUUUGAUAUGUAUACAACAGUGAAUAUUGUGAUGCCACACUGAGCCUCAGGACCUUAGUAAGGACUUAAUGAGGAUACACACUACUGUUCAGAAGUUUCAGUAAGAUGGAAUUAAUACUUUAUUCAAAAGUAAUAGUAAAGUCAUUUAUAAUUUACAAAAGAUUUCCAUUUCAAAUAAAUGCUGUUCUUUUGAACUUUCUACUCAUCAAAGAAUCCUGAAAGAAAUGUAUCACGGUUUCCACAAAAAUAUUAAACAGCACAACUGUUCAACAUUGAUCAUAAAUAAAAAGUGUUUCUUGAGCAGAAAAUCAGCAUAUUAAGAUGAUUUUGUGAAGGAUUAUGUGACAUUGAAGACUGGAGUAAUGCUGCUGAAAAUUCAGUGCUUCAUCACAGGAAUAAAUUACAUUUUGCCGUAUAUUAAAAUGGAAAAUAGUUUUUAAAUUGCAAUAAUAUUUUACAAUAUUACUGUUUUUUUUUUUUUUUUUUUUUUUUUUACUGUAUUUCGGAUAGGCUUUUGAAUGGUAGUGUUCAACACAUUCACACUGUUUCUAUUGUGUAUUAAUGGUUGUUUAUUUGACUGAGUGCAGGUAGUUUACAUAUCAGCUUUUAAAGAUCCUUUUUUGUUAUGGCUUUUGCAAAUGGAUUGUGGACAACAGUGUUGGGGAAUGUUACUUUUAAAAGUAAUGCAUUACAAUAUUGCAUUACUCCUUAAAGUAACUAAUUACAUUUAUUUUUAUGGAAAGUACUGCAUUACGUUAAUUUCGCAUUACUUUUUAAAUAUAAGCAGGGCUUGAUUGUUUGUUUGUAAUAUAAGAAGUUCUAUUUAUAGCAAAUGUGAAAGCCCUUUCACACCAAAAAGUGUAAUGAAUAAACCUCAGGCUGAAGGAAAAGUAAAUAAACGUCUGUAAAGUAGAACGCAGGAGAAGAAGGAAAACACUCUUCAGCAAUAAAAACAACAACAAUGAAGCACAAUUGUUAGUUUAUUUAAAGUCAUUUUUGCUUAUUAGUAUGGUUGAACUGGAUCAUCAAAGGUCGGCAGGAAAGACAUUGGUUAAUAAAAUUGGAUUAGAUACAUUUGUGUUAUUUAACAUAUUUAAUUAUUGCAGGUUUGCUCAUAUUCUGAGUUUGCAUUUCACUGUUUUAAUUCAUUUUGAGGAAUACUAAAUCUGUUUUUUUUGAGAGUGGGAUGAAUUAAUGCACAUUCACAUUUAGUCUAGAACUACAGUAACAUCAUGUAACAUCAAAUUAAAAAGUAAUGCAUUACUUUACUAGUUACUUGAAAAAGGUAAUCCGAUUACGUAACUUGCGUUAUUGUAAUGUGUUACCCUCAACACUGGUGGACAAAUUCACUGUAUCAAGAGAAUAGCUCAGACUGUCUUCCUGAUAUGGAUGUUUUCAGAGUAUAUGUGGACCAUUAAAAGGAUGCAAGAAGUCUAUUUUUUUUAAGCUGCAGACAUACAUUAUUUAUAAGUGUGUUAUUGUAAAGUGGGUAAUUCUUUUGUAAAAUGAAUAGUGUUUGAAUGGAUAAUUGUGUUUUUGACUGCUGAAAAGACAAUGUGUAAGAUUUGUCCUAAAAUCAGAGACUCAGUGUCGGCCCAUUGAGAUACUGUAGUGUUUUCCACACGGACUCUAAUAAAGGGACGACAAUAACAAUCUGGUUGUGUCCAAAAACUUAUCAACAUAUACACGGGGUAGAGAAGCAUUAAACCUGGUCUGAGAGCAGCUACGUCCAAACAAAAACUAUAAAUUCAUUGUCUAACUAUAGAGCUACCUUUUUACGGACAUAAACACUGCUUAGGACGGAUAGUUUGUGCAGUCAAGAACACUACUAUGGCGAAGGUAUAUGAAUAUUAAUUACGUUUGAUGACGUUCGCCCAGUAAACAUCGCUGAUUGGCUGGUAGACGCUACGCUCCAGCAAGCUGGCGAAUGAACGUCCAGGAUAUUGCUUUAUGAAUAUUAACUUACUCACGUGAUUGGACGCCCCAGGACAGUUACCACGCAACCUGUUUAAUAUUCAUGAUAUGCCUUUGCAGUAGUAGGAUUCGUAAUUUACGAGUGCAGAUGGAUAUAUGUGCACGUGGUGAAUCUGUAAGCUAUUUUUGUAUGUGACAUGCGUUGAUUAAAUUUGAGAUUUAUGGAUUAAAAAAAAAAGGAGGAGAGUUGAUGUAUAUUAUGAUGGACGAAGCAAAUCCUCCGAACUGGAUCCAGCAGCACGCCGUAUAUCAAGACCUGAUGCAUUUAGAUGUCGGUGACAGUGCUCAAGUAUAUGCUGCCUUCCUGGUGUACAUGGAUCUGACGGAAGUGCGUAAAUGGAAAGAGGUGGUUGGAGUUUCCUGUCCAGAGUUACAGGCGGUUCUGCUGG